AUGAGCGACUUGCCCAUGUACGAUCCCGAGACUGAUGCCAAUCAGGCGCCAGGCGAGCCGUUCGUGGCACAGAGCCGUGCCACAAUGCUGGGCCGGGCCACAUGGAAGAACAGGGGCGCGGGCAGGCACAAGCGGGGAUAUCGUGACAGCUUUGGCUGCAUGUGCAUGAAUAUGAGGGAGGCGAUGAGUGUCCCAAAGGACGGGAUGCCCACGAAGGCUCGACCCUGGCGGAACUCGUGCAACAGAUCCGACCCGAGGACCAAUUUGCCAGUCCCAUCAUUGAAAGUGGCUCAGUGA